AUGGGAAAUUGCUGGCGUGUACCUGAAGAUCAUGCGAGUCUUCUUCCCCUCCCAUCCACUCAUCGUACGUCAACAUCGUCAUCAAAUUCGCAUCCAACUUCAAACGUAUCGGAAACAUCUAUGCCAAAGUUAGUCACAUUAAAUCGUCCGUUAAAUCAGUCAACAAUUCUAACAGAUAUGAAUGCCAUCAAAGCUGCACAGUGUCGAAAUCUCUUCGAACAUUUACCCUUAGUAUACUACAAUGAAAAAUUAAUCAAACAAACUGAUUGCGCUAUUUGUUUAAUUGAUUUUCUACCUAAUGAACAGGUCCGACAAUUACCAUGCGAUGGUGCACACGUAUUUCAUCCAUCGUGUAUAGAUGGAUGGUUAGAAAAGAGUCUGACAUGUCCGCAUUGUUCGACCAAUGUUGACGCAGCGCUUCUUCUCAAAUUUAUUCCUAAUUCAAAUGAUCACGAUGAUGAUUAG